AUGGACCACAGGAUGAACUCAUGUACCAAAGAUGAAAAUUCCGUGCUCCGGGACGAACUGCUGUUCCUGGGCGGCCCGGCCAGCUCCGCCUACGCGCUCAGCCCCUUCUCGGCCUCGGGAGGGUGGGGGCGCGCGGGCCAGUUGCACCCCAAGGGCCAGGAGUUGGACGCUGCCGCGCAGCCCGAGGGCCAGCUGCUCCGGGAGGUGCGCGUGCUCGGGGUCCCCUUCAUCCCUCGCGCCCGGGUGGAUGCGUGGCUGGUGCACAGCGUGGCUGCCGGGAGCGCAGAUGAGGCCCACGGGCUGCUCGGCGCCGCCGCCGCCUCGUCCACCGGAGGAGCUGGCGCCAGCGUGGACGGCGGCAGCCAGGCUGUGCAGGGGGGCGGCGGGGAUCCCCGAGCGGCUCGGAGUGGUCCCUUGGACGCCGGGGAAGAGGAGAAGGCACCCGCGGAACCGACGGCUCAGGUGGCGGACGCUGGCGGAUGUGCGAGCGAGGAGAACGAGGUACUAAGAGAAAAGCACGAAGCUGCGGAUCAUAGUUCGCAGCGUGAGGAAAAUGAAGAAAGGGUGACAUCCCAGAAGGAGAACUCACUUCAGCAGAAUAAUGAUGAUGAAAACAAAAUAGCAGAGAAACCUGACUGGGAGGCAGAAAAGACCACUGAAUCUAGAAAUGAGAGACAUCUGAAUGGGGCAGAUACUUCUUUCUCUCUGGAAGACUUAUUCCAGUUGCUUUCAUCACAGCCUGAAAACUCACUGGAGGAAUUGGGAGAUAUUCCUCUUCCAGGCAGUAUCAGUGAUGGCAUGAAUUCUUCAGCACAUUCUCAUGUAAACUUCAGCCAGGCUAUAAGUCAGGAUGUGAAUCUUCAUGAGGCCAUCUUGCUUUGUCCCAACAGUACAUUUAGAAGAGAUCCAAUAGCAAGGACUCCACAGUCACAAGAACCGUUUCUGCAGUUAAAUUCUCAUACCACCAAUCCUGAGCAAACCCUUCCUGGAACUAAUUUGACAGGAUUUCUUUCACUGGCUGACAAUCAUAUGAGGAAUCUAACAAGCCAAGACCUACUGUAUCACCUUGACGUAAAUAUAUUUGAUGAGAUAAACUUAAUGUCAUUGGCCACAGAAGACAACUUUGAUCCAAUCGAUGUUUCUCAGCUUUUUGAUGAACCAGAUUCUGAUUCUGGCCUUUCUUUAGAUUCAAGUCACAAUAGUACCUCUGUCAUCAAGUUUAAUUCCUCUCACUCUGUGUGUGAUGAAGGUGCUAUAGGUUAUCGUACUGACCAUGACUCUAGUUCCCAUCAUGACUUAGAAGGUGCUGUAGGCGGCUACUACCCAGAACCCAGUAAGUUUUGUCACUUGGAUCAGAGUGAUUCUGGUUUCCAUGGGGAUCUUACAUUUCAACACAUAUUUCAUAACCACACUUACCACUUACAGCCAAGUGCACCAGAAUCUACUUCCGAACCUUUUUCGUGGCCUGGGAAGUCACAGAAGAUAAGGAGUAGGUACCUUGAAGACACAGAUAGAAACUUGAGCCGUGAUGAAUGGAGUGCUAAAGCUUUGCGUAUCCCUUUUUCUGUAGAUGAAAUUGUCGGCAUGCCUGUUGAUUCUUUCAAUAGCAUGUUAAGUAGGUAUUAUCUGACAGACCUACAAGUCUCACUUAUCCGUGAUAUCAGACGAAGAGGGAAAAAUAAAGUUGCUGCACAGAACUGUCGUAAACACAAAUUGGACAUAAUUUUGAAUCUAGAAGAUGAUGUAUGUAACUUGCAAGCAAAGAAGGAAACUCUUAAGAGAGAGCAAGCACAAUGUAACAAAGCUAUUAACAUUAUGAAACAGAAACUGCAUGACCUUUAUCAUGAUAUUUUUAGUAGAUUAAGAGAUGACCAAGGUAGGCCAGUCAAUCCAAACCACUAUGCUCUUCAGUGUACCCGUGAUGGAAGUAUCUUGAUAGUACCCAAAGAACUGGUGGCCUCAGGCCACAAAAAGGUAACCCAAAAGGGAAAGAGAAAGUGA